CAAUCAUUUGCUCAUUAUCGUUCACUGAACAUUUAGUCAUAAAAUGUCGGAAACAUAUUCCAAAGGCGCUGGUUUUGAUCUGUGCGCCAGUCAGUAUGCGCCAAAUGGUCGUCUGCUGCAGCUGGAAUAUGCCGCCAGAGCUGCUGACAAUAGUGGCACUGUCAUAGGCAUUUGUGGCAAGGAUUCUGUUCUUCUAGCCGUUGAGAACUUAAACAUAAACAAACUAUUUGAAAAGGAUGCUAAUCAGCGCAUUUUUAAUAUUGAUGGCAACAUGGGCAUGGCCGUCGGUGGGCUGCUGGGCGACUGCAGCAUCUUGGUGGAUCGCGCCCGCCUGGAGGCCGCGAGCUAUCGGCAAAAGUAUGAGCGAGGCAUUACCCUGGAGUUGCUCUGCGAGCGCGUGGACAGCUUUCUGCAUGCCUACACUCUGUACAGCGCCGUUCGUCCCUUUGCACUUAGCAUUAUGAUGGCAAGUUGGGAUAACAAAAAUGGACCGAGACUCUACAAAAUUGAGCCAUCAGGCACCACCACGGGACACUUUUGUUGCUCCUUUGGCAAGGGCUCAGAGCAGGCUCGGAGCGAAAUGGAGAAGUUUGAGUUUAAAGAUUUGCCUACGGAUCAGCUGGUCAAAGCGGCUGCUGAAAUAAUUCACGGCGUCCAUGAUGAACGCGCUGACAAAAACUUUCGCUUGGAUGUGGGCAUAGUCGGUAGUCAAACCAAAGGAAAAUUUGAAUACAGACUAAUACAGCAGUAAGCAAGGAAAGCAAUGACAGCAGAUGUGCGCUGCUGCAUUACACGAAAUAUUUACACACUAAAAUCUGCAGCUAUCUUGAACGUUGCGUGUUUUCCCCACAUAUUUCCCCACAAAUAUUUCCCCUAAAUGGCGCAAACGUAACUCUGUUCAACUGCUAAUUCAACUUUAUGUUCUGCUAAAACGCAACUUUAACAUCCUCAUAAGUUAUAACCAU